AUGCAAGUACGCACAUCACUAGCCGCUCUCGCCAGCAACUCCUCCGUCCAGAUUCUUCGCAAUCUUGUCGUCGCAAAGCCUUCAGAUCGGGCGUGCGACAUUUUCAUCAACCACCGUGGGGCGGAUACAAAAGGGAACAUUUCGGGUUUGUUGUAUGAGCGUCUUUCGAAGAUGAUAAGUCUCCACACAUUUUUGGACAAAAAAAGCAUGGAUCCCGGGGAUAAGAUGUUGUCGGAGAUAGACGCGGCGAUAAGAAACUGUAAAGUUGCGGUGGCGGUGUUUUCUCCAAACUAUUGCAAAUCGUAUUAUUGUCUCCACGAAUUGGCUCUUAUAAUGGAGAGUAAAAAGAGGUUGGUCCCAAUAUUUUGGAACAUUCAACCUUCUGGACUUAUGGUAAAGAACAUCAAAAAGUAUGAUCCAAAUGAGCUUCACAGAUUUAGAUGGGCUCUUGAAGAAGCUCGAUCAACUGUUGGUUUAACAUUUGAUUCAACUAAAGGAGAUUGGUCAGAGUUAUUAUCAAAGGCAACAGAAGCAGUGCUGAGAAACCUACAUGAAGUUGAAGAAGAAAAAAAAAGAGGUAAGGAGGAAGAAGCUAUAACUAGUUCACCAUUUGGAAGUGUUUAA